GAUCAGCAUCCUACAAGGGUAGCACUAUGGACGACUACAAGGUACGCUUGACAGAUGCUGAACUCCUUGCCCGCUUAAAGAAAUACAAGAUCCCACAUGGACCUAUUGUUGAAUCAACCCGGAAACUUUAUGAAAAGAAGAUCUAUGACUAUGAGAACCUGCAGGCCUAUCAGCAUCCUUCACCAAUGCCCCACACAGUUGAGAAGAACCUGGCACACCCAUCAAAAGCUCUCCACUCUACAAAGACUUACCUAAGGGAUUCCCUCAACUCCCCAGGAAAUGAAGAAUCCUCUGAUGAAAGUGAAGAAUCAACCCAGAGACUGAAUGAAAAGGAAAUAGAUGAAUACAAGACUGGGUGGAUACAGCAUCCUCCUCCUCGAGAAUCUGUGCCAUACACAGAGCCAAGCAAAAGUCAAAGCCAUACAAGGGAAACCUUUGUGAGUCCUUGGAACAAGGAACCUUGCAGCCAUGGCCAAGAAGGGAAACGGAGCCAGUCUUUGGAACACUAA